AUGGAUGUCCAAUCGCUCAAUCCAGUCAGACCUGCCAGCUUAAAAGCAAACUUGUACACCACAGGAAAGUGUAUUAUGAUUGCCCUCAGCUCCUUUGCCUAUGGUUAUGCGGGAGCAAUCAUCGCAACUACACUUACACAGCCAUCCUUUGUGACAGCUAUGGGACUCGACAAGGCAUCUAACCAGGCAUCCCUGCUUGGUGCGAUCAACGGUCUCUAUUAUGCCGGAGGAGUGUUUGGAGCCUUUACAGGUGGCUGGCUUUCCAAUAAAUGGGGCCGCAAAAUUUCUGCCAUCGUGGGCAAUAUUAUUCUGUUGAUAUCCGCCGCAGUGAUGACUGGUGGUGUUAAUGUGGCCAUGUUUAUUACCUUCCGGUUCUGUAGUGGUGUUGGGUCGUUCAUCAUUCUCGCUACAAUUCCGGUGUGGAUAGCCGAAUUAUCACCUCCACAGAUUCGAGGCAUCAUGGUGGAUAUUCACACCGUCUCCAUGAUGACAGGUUACGCUGUAGCUUCGUAUAUUGGACUCGGCUUCUACUUUGUGGGCGGCAAGAGUGGCUGGCGAGGUCCGAUGGGGUUAUCGGCUGCUUGGCCAUGCAUCGCUAUUUUUGCAUCCUACUGGGUGCCCGAGUCGCCUCGUUACCUCGUCUCGCAAGGCCGGAAAACUGAGGCUUUGAAUAUCUUAGUACGAACGCAUGCUAAUCCUCAGCCUGAUCCCACCAACGAGUGCGCGAGACACGAGCUACACCUGAUUGAGCAUCAGAUCGAGCUUGAUGCUAUCAGUACCUUGAAUCAACGGUCAUACAAGUUGAUUCUUCAACAGGCUAGUCUACGUCGCCGAGUUUGGAUGACUAUCUUCCUGGAAUUCGCGUUGAUGAGUUCCGGCAUUCUCGUUAUUUUAAACAACGGCACAAUCAUCUGGGGUGGUCUGGGUUUCGAAACCGCCCAAAUCCUCAAUUUUCAAGCCGGUUUCCAGCUAUGCGGAUUGGUUUUCAAUCUGACAGCUAUGAUUUUUGUCGACCGUGUCAAACGUACAUGGUUGAUUUCCUUCGGGCUGCUGGCUUGUGCCCUGAUCAUGAUGAUUGAAAUGCUGUUACAACGUUCCUAUCUCGGUACGACAAACAAAGCGGGUCUAUCCGCAGCCGCUUCCAUGAUCUUCAUUUUCCAGAUGACUUUCUCUCUGUUCCUGGACGGGGCAUCCUACUUUUACGUCGCUGAAAUCUGGCCUAGCCAUCUGCGUCCUCAAGGAUUCGCGAUCGGUAUGGCUACGUUAUGUAUUACCAAUAUGGUAUGGCUUCUCGCUGCCCCGACGGCGAUCCAGCACAUUAGCUGGAAAUAUUACCUGUUUUUCGUCACCAUUCCAGCCAUCGCGGCGGUGGUUGUGUUCUUCCAGUAUCCAGACACGUUGCACAAGCCGCUGGAGGAGAUUGCCGCUAUGUUUGGAGAUAAGGAAGGGGUAGUGGGUCGCCAGCAAGACCCAAAUGGAGACGGGAUAGACACUGAGGUGGAUGAAUCUAAGGGCCAGGUGGCUAUGACCGAGCAGGUUUAG